GCUUCCGCCCAAAUUACUACACUUCCCAUGAUGCCGCGCGCAGCAGCUCCAUGUGGAUGUGUCUGGAGAACGUGCGCGAACAUGACAUGUGUCUGCUGAAGUAUGGAGCGCUGCGAGGACUCUCCUUAAACCCACAGCAGACCUUCGAGAAGUGAAUGUCCUGUAGGUGGCGCUCUGUAGGUGGAGGAGGCGAUGCAGCGGAUGUGGGCUCCAGUCACGUUGCGGCGUGUGGUCCUGCUGCGCUCUGCAUACCUGGGUCACACCUGGGCUGUGCGUGAGCUUCCUGUGACCGUCCGGACCUCACGCUGCUUCAGUUGCACUAAUGUCAUCAGGACGAAGGAGAGCCGCAAAACGUCCACGGAGGAAGAAACGCCAUUAAACCCUCCGCAGAGUCUGGCAGGGACCGAGGGUCUUUAUAAGGCUGAUACGGGGUCUGCCCCUCAGAAUAAGGGUGAUGUCGACCCUCUGCAGGACAAGUCUAUCGGACUCUUUCAGAGAUUUAAAAAGACGUUUAAACAGUAUGGUAAAGUCAUGGUGCCUGUGCACAUCGUCACGUCCACUGUGUGGUUUGGGAGCUUUUAUUAUGCUGCAAUGAAAGGGGUGAAUCUGGUCCCGUUUUUGGAGUUCAUUGGUUUACCAGAUUGGAUGGUGGGAAUUUUACGAGAUUCCCAGGGUGGCUAUGCACUCACAGCCUAUGCAAUGUAUAAGCUUGCUACUCCUGCACGAUACACCGUUACAUUGGGCGGCACGUCUGUGUCUGUACAGUACCUCCGCAAACACGGAUACCUCUCUACCCCUCCUCCUGUUAAAGAGUACCUUCAAGACAAAAUGGAGGAGACCAGGGAACUACUGACUGAAAAAAUGGAGGAGACGAAAGAGAGGUUUUCAGAGAAGAUGGAGGAAACCAAGGAACUACUCUCAGAACGAAUGGAGGAGACCAAAGGGCGCUUCUCUGGGACGAAAGACAAGUUUUCUGAGAAACUGCAGGAGACGAAAGACAAAAUGACUUUCCGUAAGAAAGCCGACUAGGCUGCAUGGGUAUGGGAAGAGAAACGUCACUAAAAACUCAAACUCUGCACACUGUGGAAUGUUUCACACGAUCAAUAAUUACUGUCACAAGGUAUUCGGUGUUGACUUAAAGGGAUAGUUCAACUGUUGCAGAACUAUUUUGAAAAAUGUUUUUGUCCAUAUAAUGCAAGUCAGUCAAGUCCAAAACAACAUUGGACCCCAUUGGCUUUCAUUGUAUUGACGAAAAAAGUAUUUUGUGUUCAUACAGGUUUGAAACGACAUGAGGGUGAGUAAAUUGAUGACGGAAUUUUAAUUUUUGGGUGAAGUUUCCCUUUAAGGCGGUGAAUGUUCAUACACAAGAACCAUCAUGUUGAAAUGGUUUCCAUGCACUUAAAUCUUCAAGUUAAGUGUUUUGGAGAGAAGCAAACUUGAACUAGCAAUAAUACUAGAAUUAUUUUAAGUCAAAAUCAUGUUAAGUGUGUUUGUGUGACUAUAUUAGUUCAGUUGUUUUAAAUGUAUUAAAAUCAUCUCUACUUGACUACCAAGUGAUAAUUAAAUAUCAGUAUCUAUUUGAUAUUUAAACGAUUUUCACUUGUUUUUAAUCAUGUGUUUGUAUUUGAGUUCUUGUGCAUAUUGCCUACAGUCAUCUAGACUUUACAACGUCCUGAAUUGCACCGUGUUUGUGUAUCUGGACAAGCUGCUAGUUUUUUAAUCUAAACUCAAAUCACCUUAAUAUGCCAAUGUUCAUUGAGAGAAUAAUAAAAUUGUUUAUCUGAAAACAUGUAUUGGAUAUCAUUUCAAUAUCUAAAGUAAAAAUUAAAGUAUUAGACACAUCAGCAACUGGUACUUUUAGUUUAUUAGUUUAACUGCAGUUGGACAACAGCAGAAGUACAAGCAUAAAAGUUUGACUAUAACAGUGAUUAGAGCAACAUGUUUUGAUUACUUUUUCUGAAAAAAAAAAAAAAUGCAUUACAGUAACAGACCUUAUGCUUAAAACCUAUUACACCACAAUGAUUUAAAUAAAAUAAAUAUGUACAUGUGCAUGUAUAGAAAAUGUCCACACACAUGAACAUACGGAGUAACAUGAGCCGUGUAAAAGGUCUAUUAUUGUGUAGCUUUCUAAUGCCGAAUGUCUGUUUUCUGACACUCGAUUAAGCAUCAGAGUAAAACGAGUCUAAACCUUCUCAGUUUUGUUAGUUCUCUGUGCUUGUGCAAGAAAAGCUUCAUAAGCAUCUCGGUACAUUGCUCAAAAUGUCACAACUGCUGUUAGUCAGGUGCUUGUAGUCAAAAUGGCAUCGCUAUGUACAUUAUCUUCAGGUAUAUAACUAUAGACAUGCGAAUACAAGCUACUGUACAGUGGAGCACCAGCACAUAAAUAUCUGCAAUUUAAAAUCGUUUUUUGCUCCUAUACACCACAUACACAAGAAUGUCUGAAAUACAGUAUAUAACAAAAAUAAGAAUGUUAAAACUACAUCUCUCAUUUGGUUCAUUAUUAAACUUGCAAAGACAGGAAGCACAACACAGGGUGGCAUGAAAAGUCAUGUACAUGUUGGGAUUCAAAUGAACACUGUUGUUUUAAGCAUUUCUUCCCUCAGCGUUGGUGUCUGUGAGUGGGAGUCUGGCACUGGUAACUACAUAUUCCAUGUUUCCAUUCCAAUUUAUAACUUACUUUAACUAGUUAAAGUUAAAAGGGUUUUCUACAGAAGCCUGUUUCCACCACUGUUUAAAUUUAUUUAUUUUUUUCCAGAAUUGCGAGAUAUAAGCUCGGACAUUUUUUCUGAGUUUAUAUCUUGCAAUUCUGUCCUUUUUCAGUGAAAUCUUAAUUUUAUCUAACGAUUCUGUAAUUCAGUUUUUUUCCCCCACAAAGGAAUUCAAAAAUUCAAAAGGCAAUCGUGACUUUUCCAUCUCACAAUUUUCAGUUCUGAGGGGGGGAAACAAAGGUCAGAAUUGAGAUAAACUCAGAAUUCUAUUUUUUUCUCAUAAGUUUUUUAUUUUUAUUUGAUUAAAUCUCUAAUUUCUUAGCUCACCUCUCACAUUUCUUUUCCUGUCAAGGAAUUAAAAAAAAAAAAAUUGUGAGAUUUGCAAUUACCUCAUAUUUUUCAUUUUUGUCUUGUGGUGGAAACAGGCUUUCAUAGUUUUCUGAUUAAAAACUAGUUGAAUAAAUUCCUUUGUGAGCAUGUGUGUGUGUGUGUGUGUGUGUGUAUAUAUAUAUAUAUAUAUAUGUGUGCCUUUUGUUGUUGGGGCAGUGUUUAAAGCAACAUCCUAAUCCAGAACAGCAAUUCAUUCUUUCUGUACCAAGAUGUUACUCAAUAAAACUCCAAGUUCAGUACUUUCAUAAUUAAGCAUCCUUCUGAUAAUGAAUUUCCUUGUUUGCCAAAAUAAUAAUAAUAAUAAAAUUAAGUUAAAAAAAGCACAUUUGAACUGUAGGCAUUUACAAAUCCGUUGCCACCGUGUUAAAAUCUUUAUAUCAGCUAUAAAUUGUUACAUUAUUAACAAUGUCUUUUUUCUGUGGUUUCUACCCAUUGGGUAGGAUAUGUGCAUACAGACUAACUUUAUUUACAGCACCUUACAAAUAAACGAUUAAAAAAAAAAAAAAAAAAAAAAAAGAA